CUAGUUGUCAAUUAAAAGCCAAAGUGACUCCACCACAAUCCUUUCCCACAUCCAUGACUCUCAACCACACAUAAUCAUGUUUAUAUCUCUUUCAUUUUCUUUCAUUAAUUUACCCUCUUCCCUUUAUUAUACUCUUAACACCCCAUUUCCCUUCCCAAAUUAGAAAAAUGUCCAGAAAAAGCCCAAAGCACUCCUCCCAUGGAUCCCCCCACCACCAUCACCGCCGUCUUGACCACCGUGACCACAACCAAGAAGAAAAUAAGCAACAACAACAACUAAUACCAGGAUUACCAAAUCACAUAGCACACUUGAUCCUCACCAAAAUCCCACCUUCAAUUCUUUACUCUGUUUCUAUUUCAUGGCGUAAAUUUAUAAAUUCUCCUCUUUUCCCUCCAUUUUUAUCUCUCUACACUCUCCUAAUUCCAAAUAAUAUCAUAAAAGAUUCACCCAAUUCAAUUCCAAUUCCACAACAAUUUCUCACUCCAAUUUCCUUUUUUAGCUUUGAUCCUAUUUCGUGUCAAUGGCGGCAACUUCCUCUUCCGCCGCCGUUAUCGCUUCUUUUACGCCACCCGCCUUUUAUCUCACGCGACCUCCCUGUUCAGUCUGUCACGGUGGGUGACAGGCUGGCAGUGGUGGCGGGGACGACGCAGGAUCUUGCUCCGGCUUUGUCUCGUCCCCUGGUGUUCGACCCACUCGCACGUGAGUGGCGGUAUGGGCCGGGUUUACCGGUGCCCCGGAGGUGGUGUGCUGCCGGAUCACUGGGUGAGUCCAUUUACGUGGCGAGUGGGGUCGGGUCCCAUUUCUCCACGGAUACCGCCCGAUCCGUGGAGAAAUGGGACCUAUCCGCCCAUCCCGAAGACGGGUGGGAGAAAGUUAGUCCUCUUCGGGAUGGGCGGUUUUCCCGGGAGGCGGCUGACGCCGUAGGGUGGCGCGGCCGCCUUUGCAUGGUCAACGUCAAAGGCGACGCCGCCAAACAAGGUGCUGUAUAUGAUGUAAAAGAUGACGUGUGGUAUGACAUGAAGGAGGGGAUGGUAGGUGGGUGGCGGGGCCCGGCGGCGGCGAUGGAUGAAGAGGUGAUCUACAUGGUGGAGGAAUCUAAAGGGGUGGUGAAGAAGUAUGUAGAAGAGAGUGAUGGGUGGGUGGAGGUGGCGGAGAGUGAGAGACUACGUGGAGCUCAACAAAUGGCGGCGCGUGGUGGGAGGCUUUGUAUUGUUUGUAAAGGUGGGAGUGAGAUUGUUGUGGUGGAUGUAGUGGCGUCGCCGCCAAGAAUGUGGGUGGUGGAGCCACCUAAAGGGUUUAAUGUUGCUGCCGUACAUGUUUUGCCAAGAAUGAGUAGGGACCACUCGAGUUUGAACCUUCUAUAAUGUGCCUUUGUAGACAUGUAGAAUGUAGUUCUAGACCAUACAAAAUACUUUUUUUUUUUUUUUUUUUUUUUUAUUUGAUUAAUUUUUUAAAGGAUCCUAAAUAAUAAUAAUAAAAAGCUUGGAUUUUAUUUGACGAAAAAUCACAAAGUCAAGAUCAUGUAAAAUAUGUCCACAGUUGUAUCUAAAAUUGUCAACAGUCAAAAAGUCAAAGGAAAUGAGAUCGUUUACAUUUUGGUUC